GGCGCGCGCAGUGUCGGGGGUGGGGGGAGCGGGCGGGCAAACCGGCAUCCCGGCGCCAUGAGGCGCCUCAGCGCGGUGCAGCGCAAGGUGCCGUGUCUGUUCGUGACCGAGGUGAAGGAGGAGCCGUCAGCCAAGAGGGAGCACCAGCCAUUUAAAGUUUUGGCAACUGAAACUAUAACUGGAAAGGCGUUAGAGGCAGAUAUAUACAAUGCAAUUCCUACUGAAAAGGUGGACGGAACCUGCUGUUAUGUAACUACCUAUAAAGGGCAACCAUAUCUAUGGGCCAGGCUGGAUCGAAAACCCAACAAACAAGCUGAAAAAAGAUUUAAACGAUUUUUGCAUUCGUUGGAAGACUGCAAAGAAUUUGUUUGGAAUGUUGAAGAAGAUUUCAAGCCUGUUCCAGAUACUUGGAUUCCAGCAAAGGACAUAGAGUUUUCUAAUGGCAAUCCUUUGCCUGAUGAUAACGGUCAUAUGCCAGGUUGGGUGCCUGUGGAGAAAAAUAGUAAGCAAUAUUGCUGGCAUUCAUCUGUUGUAAAUUAUGAGGCUAAAGCAGCACUGGUAUUGAGACACCAUGCUGAACCAGGUCUUCUUGAAAUCAGUCUGGUGCCAUUAUCAGAAAUUUUAGAACAAACGUUGGAGCUUAUUGGGACUAAUAUUAAUGCAAAUCCAUAUGGAUUAGGAAGCAAGAAGCAGCCUAUACAUCUUCUUGUACCACAUGGAGCAUUUGAAAUAAAGAAUCCACCUACUUUGAAACAAAAUGACAUAGUGUCUUGGUUUGAAGGCUGCAUUGAGGGUAAAGUUGAAGGAAUUGUGUGGCACUGCCAUGAUGGCUGUUUAAUCAAGCUCCAUCGCCAUCAUCUUGGUUUACGCUGGCCACUUGCAGAGACAUACUUGAAUUCUCAGCCCGUUGUAAUUUCUUUUGAUAGAACUAAAUAUGACUGUGACUUUGAACCAAAGAGUUUGUUUCACCAUUUUUCAAACUUGAAUGGUCAGAGAUUUGACAGACUCAAAGAUAUAAAGUUUGAUGCUUGAAAUUAUUUUUAUCAUUUAGUUGUCAUGCGUUGCAUUCCUCUUACUUGUGUAUACCACAGAACUCUACAAAUAUUCUUCUAGUUUAGGCAGCAGCCUAGGUAAUGUAUGAUUUUAAGAUUUUCCAAAAUGCAUAAUUUUAUAUAAUGAGAGAUCUGCCACUCAGAGCAAAGAUCUAACUUUCAGCAUGUUUAUUUUCAAUACUGGAAAAAAAAAUAUUUCUGGAAACUCUUAUAAUUGUAAGAAGUAUGUUGUCUAACACUGGCUGGUCCUAAUAGCUUAGCUAAUGAAUGCAAUCAACUGUAAAAGUUCCAUAGUUUGCACUUCUAUAGAUAAUACAAUUAUUAUGGCACUGUUACGUGUAGGAUUCAGAUUUAGGAUCUAGUUGUUUUUUAACGAUAAAGGACAUGUUUCAGGUGGGACCAGAAUUAGUCCUGAAAUUUUAUAAUCUUUUUUCUCAAGUUUUAACAAUUUCUUUUGGAGGAAAGCUUUUCACUGUAUUAUUUAACUGGUAAGCAGCAGCAUUAUACUAUUACUUGAAAACCUAAUUAUGCUCUAUCCUACAAGUACUUCCACUGGUUUGGGACAAAAAGGGUAAAUGAUAGAAAAUAUACUAGUUCUAUUUUGGAGAACCUUAGUAAGUUAUAAGAGAGAUGACUUGGCUUAGUAAUGCCUAUUUUCAGACUGUAUCUCAACUAGGAAACUCCAUCAAGGGCAUAUUAAAUAAGAUGGCAUAUAAAUAAUAAAGAUGAGACUGCAUGAUUGUUUGCAUUUGCUUUAUUUUAUCUGUGCUAUAUACAGUAUAAAAAAUCAUUUUACUACAAAAAUACCAUGAGUUUGUCAGAAAUGCUGUAACUUUAUUUUCAAUUCUUGGAUUUUCUAAAAGUGAGGUAAAAGUAACAGGGAUGUAAGAACAGACAUCCACCACAUUGACCUUAAUCCACAGUUUAAAAAUACAAAAGCACUGGACAUUAAGAACUAAUUACAUAUUCUUAAAGCUGGAACUUAGGAUAGUUAGCACAUUUUAAGAGGUUCUUCUAUGAGAAGUCCAAGAUUUCAACUUUGUUUGACACCUGUGUAUCACCCAAGUUACUGUUCUGAAUUACAAUAUAUUAUUUUAAAGGGGUUGGAAGAGGUAAAACUCACUUAGUUUGACUGGUGUUUAUAAAUACCGACCAUAAUAAGCUCUUCUGCACUCUUAGGUAUGUGCCAAAACGUAACUUAAUAGACUUGUAUCAUUCCUAGAUAAUACCAGACAAAUAAAUCAGUAUUAUGCAACUGCUCCAGAAUUUCUCUUCUAUGUCAGU